CCCGAAGGCAUUCCACCUGACAGCGAGCGGAUCUUCUUACAGAACAAUAAGAUCCAUCGCUUACUUCGGGGCCACUUCAGCUCCAACACCGUCACUCUCUGGAUCUACUCCAAUAACAUCACAUACAUUGAGCCAUCCACCUUCCACGGCUUCACGCUGCUGGAGGAGCUGGAUCUGGGAGACAACCGCCACUUGCGGACCUUGGCUGAAGACACCUUUCACGGGCUGAAUCGCCUCAAUGCGCUUCACCUGUACCAUUGUGGGCUCAGUUCACUACCUAAUAACAUCUUCCAAGGCCUCAGAAACCUGCAGUAUCUCUACUUGCAGGAUAAUCAUCUGAAGUUCCUGCAGGAUGACACAUUUAUGGACCUCCACAACCUGAGCCACCUGUUCCUGCAUGGAAACCGUCUGUGGAGCCUGAACCAGAACACUUUCAGAGGCCUUCGAGUCUUGGACCGACUGCUUCUGCACCAAAACCAGAUCGAGUGGGUUGACCGCCUGGCCUUCCAUGACCUAAAACGUCUCACCACCCUCUACCUGUUCAAUAACACCCUGAUACAGCUGUCCGGACAGUGCCUGGACACACUGCCGGCAUUAGAAUACCUGCGCCUCAACGACAACCCCUGGUCUUGUGACUGCAAGGCCCUGUCGCUAUGGGAAUGGUUAAAGCGUUUCCGAGGUUCAACAUCUUCAGUGAGUUGCCAGGCGCCGGCUGAAAUGGUUGGGAAAGACCUCAAGGAGCUGCGCAAGGAGGACUUCCCCAACUGUUCACCAACUGUACCUAAUUCUGAGUCCAGAGCCCAGACUAACAAUUUAUCUGGCACGGUGAAUCCGUCUUUGAAUCGUGGUGCGGGGGGCUCUGGAGGGCAGACCCACAUUGUGCACCCCUCGAGGCCUGGCCGUUCUCGAAACUGCACAAAGCCUCGUAACAGGGUGGGCAAGGGGAAGGGUGACAAUGAGGUUCACCACUCAAAGGAGGUCAUGGCAGACAAGGAGGAUUCCUCCCCAGAUUUCACAGACGGGGGAAAACAUGACCACACGUCCCCAGAUGGCACCAUCACACGGAGGAAGCACAAGUGCACUCCCCGGACCACUGUUCGCCCCCCUAGUGGGGUUCAGCAAGCCAACAAUAGGGCAACCUUAUCCCAGUCAUUACUACAUGUCUGUGCCCUCUUUGUAGCCUUGAUUACGACCAAUGUUGACUUCAUUCUCCGUUGACCCUCAGAGGGUUUGGCAAAUGCUAAUCACAAACACAGCCCUCAGACACUCUCUUGCUCCUGCACUGCAAGGCCUGUGUGUAUGUAUGUAUGAUUGUGAGUGUGAUUAUAUAUGUAAAUGUAGUGUCAGGAGCUUAACUGACUGAAACAGGCAUCAAACAUCUACAACAGAAAGACUUGCAGCACAAAAAUAGAAAGAGACUGACAGACAGAGAAUGAUAAAAGGUUCAUUCAGACCGAGCUUGCACUGCCCCUUAUACCGGUAUGACUUCAUCUCCAUGUGUUGGUAGCAUAUUUCUUUUUUUCAUUUCUGUUUUUCACUCAAUGUGGGCUCAGAUAACCAACAGUUGGUGAAAAUGGAGAACAGGAGUUAUCGUAUUUGCUAAUUAGCUCUGAGACAGAUAAGCUAAGUGCUCCAUGCAGCUUUAAUUCUCCGUUCACAGUUUGGAAAUUGCCAUCGAGAAAGUGCAAAUGGUAAGUCGAUGACCCUAUAAGGCCUCCGGCUUCAGUCCUACUCUCAUCCUUUUCUGCCAAAUGUAAAGUUUAAGCAUUGCAAUAAUUUGUCGGUCAGUAUUAGGCAUAGGAAUGUGCCAUUAUCACAAAAUGAAAAUCUAUAGCCACAGAUGUUUUAAGGCUAUAAACAGAGCAACCACUGAAUACGCUGUAGCAAAUUUUAACAACUACUCUAUAUAAUGCGGGAUUUUUUUCCAGGUACUAUACCAACCUUUCUGCGUACGUAAGAGUGUUUUUUUUUCAAAUUUGUAUUACAUUUCUCACACGGCUCGGCUUCAUCUUCAUUCACACCACUUUCCUCCUUCCGUGCAACUGAAUAUUACGCCAAUAAUUGUUUUGAGAUGAGGAGGACUACCACGCGCAUUUUCAUUUGCUUGGAAAACAAUGUGUGUCUUUGGGAGAUGUGAAUAUUGAAGAAGUAUGUCUAUAUAUUGUGUCAGGUGUUGUUCAUUUGAUUUGUCUAGGACACAAAAUGGAACUACGUACAGUAGAGACGGAGCCCUGCUGCGGGGCCAGGAGCCUAAGAGGUGGGGGGUUAAAGGGGUCUUUCUCAGUUUCCCUGUAAUGUUGUGCUGAACUGACCCCUCCUUAGUGACCUCGCUCAUUGAGAGAAUGUGAGGAACACGUGUUGUUUCUUACACCUUAGUUAGGUGUAACCUAACGUCUAAAGGAAUACAAGAACAAGACGCGAGAAGAAAA